GAUGAGCGGAGGAUUGACGCAGACUGUGGGAAGAGGAGAAGAAGAGAACUCCAGUAACGACCGAUGCAGGCGGCUUAGACUCACUCUACAAGAUCAGCAUCAGUCCGGCUGCACCCAGCAGAGGCUCGGCAACAAGGAGAGCAGCAUAGCAGUAGUGCUGCCACAAAAACUAGAAGAGCUGGAAGAAACACAGGAACUCGUCACUCCCACGGAAGAAAAAGUUGAAUAUAGAAAGAUUCACCUUGAAUCCUGUCCGAGGAAGGCAGAGAGCGUCAGGAUGAUCACGGACGAGGUGUCGCAGAUUCAGGAGGUGAGGUACUGUCUGAAGUCUCUGAGAGAGCAGAUGGCGGCCAGGCAGAACAGCAACAACAACAAGUGUCCCACCAAUGGCUUCAGGGUCAAUCUGCCCAGCAGCCAACCGGCCGUCUCCAAUAGCAACACUGUUGUCAUUGCCUCUAACGCUCAUGUUGCAGAUAACCAGGAGGAGAGCGUGAAGCUGCGGGAGGUGACCAAGCGUCUGUAUACGCAGCUGAAGGAGAUGGAGAAGAGGCACCAGGAGGAGAGGGAGCGGCUGCAGGCCGAGUCCAGUGAGCACCACACUCGUCUGGCCGAGCAGUCGGAGCGGCUGCGGAAGGCCGAGGAGCAGUCGGAGGAGAGAGGGCUGCAGGUGGAGGAGCUGCAGCGGCUGCUGGGAGGCAUGGAGAACGAGAGCGGCGUCCUCAAAGACAAGAUGGCAGCCGGCGAGCUGGAGCUGCUGCAGCUGAGAGCGAGCAGGGAGGAAGGGGAGGAGAGGGAGCAGAGGUGUGCCGAGCUGGAGAAGCAGUUGGCCAACCUGAAGGAAAAGAUCCACCAUCUUGACGACAUGUUGAAGAGUCAGCAGAGGAAAGUCCGCCACAUGAUCGAACAGCUGCAGAACUCACGGACUGUGAUCCAGGAGAGAGACCGAGUCAUCGGGGACCUGGAGGAGAAGGUGGCUUUCCUGGAAGCUGAGAACAGAGAAAUGCAUGACCACAUGGAGUAUUUCCUGGCCGGCCAGAACCCUCCUCCCCUGACGCCCACUGAGAACAAGCCAGAGAUCGUUUACAGUAAAACCCUCACACCAACAUCAUCGACCAACAAACCCAUGCCGUUCAUCAAAGUCAUUGAGAUCAAGUCCUGAAUGAAGGGUCAACUAAAGGCAUGAUUGGAAGUAAAAACUAAAAUGUAUAUAUAUAUAUAUGUAUAUAUUCAACCACCUUCCAGUACACAAAACAAGGUUUGCAUGAAUUUUAAAAAAGGCAGAUUAAAGAAGAGCUUCCUCAGAGUCAAACUGAAUCCAAACAGGUUAAGUAUGAAAUCGACCUGGGAUCCAAACACAGGAGAAACCUUAAAAAGGAAACAGGAGCAGGAGCAGAACUUUUCAGAUGAUUUACUGCACAUAGACACACGUGUGAGCAGCGUGUUCCGUGUCAGAGAGUCUUCAGGAGUCAGUGGCAGCAGCAGGAGUUCCUAAAGGUUCCCUGUGUUGUCGAGUUUCCGACCUUAACUUCUCUCGCACCAAGAUUCUUAUUUACGAUGUUUCGACAGGUCAGUUUAAAGGGUGGGUUUAGAUUAUUACAUUAUUCUAACGUUAUUAUUGUUAUCAGUUAUUGUGUUUUUCAUGUCUCUGUUACACACAUGUACAAAUAGUCAGGUUGUGUUGAAUGUUCUCAGCACUUCUUCGUCCAACAGCCUCGUCGACCACAAUCCUCAGCGCCAGGGUCCCGGGUCACAUUCCUCAGUGCUUUGCACCACGUUGCCAAUGAGCAGACAUGCACUUGGUCGUGAUUUACGUUUUACUCAUUCUCACGUUAGGAAAUGAAUAAUUUAAUUUUUGACAUCUUUAUUAUACUUAGAAAAGAGUUAGCAGAGGCUGCAUGUAGAGACAGCAGCAAGUGGAUGUUACAAUUUUAAUUCUGAUCUUUGCUGCCAAGUGUUGCCUCAGCGGCUGUUUGAUCCUGUUUGUGCUUAAAGGUUUAUUUAAUUAUUAUUAUUAUUAAUAAUAUUAUUAACAACAAUAACUGAUGAACUUACCUGUUGACAGUUAUGUUUGUAUGGACCUUGUUUCUAUGUAAAAUACUUUAUGCUGUAGUAGAGAAUGAGCAUUUUUAUAAACCAAAUAACCUUUCACUGUGAACCUUGUAGAUAGAUCCACUUAAGUUCUGACUGUAUUUUAUUGUAGAUGUUGUUCGUUUUUAUUUAAAUAUAAUAAAUGGCCUGGUUUAUCAAAAA